AUGGUUAAGAUCAACUUUACUCUCCUUGCCCUGGCCACCCUCGGUCCUACCCUUGGUUCCGCCUAUCCGACAGAUGCGGAUGGCCAAGAUGCUCCUGGCCUUUUCGCUAGGCAGAGCAGCAGGUAUACUUGCAACUAUUCCUCAGGCGAACGAGCCCGCGCCACUACUGUUGCUGCUUGUGUCGACUCGAUUGCGGAAUACGGCAAAGAUGGAAAAGCAUGUCCGGCUGGCGGAUACCGCGUGAUCUGCAAGAAGUUCCCAUCUAUACAUGUUGCUGUCAACGAUGGGUUUCAAUCAAGAGCCCCAUGGUUAGUUUAUCCCGUAGCUGGUCGUCUCUAUCCUUCGUGA